CGCAGACUAAACGAAGAAGAAAAGUAAGGGACGGUCUUGUUUUUAUUAGCUGCUACACGCAGCGGGCCCGCUGCCGAAAUGCGCAUCGAAAAGUGUUAUUUCUGCUCGGGACCAGUGUACCCAGGACAUGGGGUUAUGUUUGUAAGGAACGACUGCAAGACUUUCAGAUUCUGCAGAUCCAAAUGCCACAGGAACUUCAAGAAAAAGAGAAACCCAAGAAAAACAAGAUGGACUAAAGCAUUCAGGAAGGCUUCUGGCAAAGAGCUAACAGUUGAUAACGCUUUGGAGUUUGAGAAACGCAGAAAUAUUCCCAUUAAGUAUAACAGGGAGCUGUGGAACAAGACAGUGGAUGCAAUGAUGAAGGUGGAAGAAAUAAAACGGAAACGACAGGCACAGUUUAUCAUGAACAGAUUGAAGAAGGGCAAAGAGCUGGAGAAAGAACAGACCAUCUCAGAAGUGAAGAAAAAUAUUCACCUCAUCAAGGCGCCUCAUGCAGGAAAGGGCAAACAGAUGGAGGACAAAAUGGUGCAAAGAUUACAAGAAGACAUGGAAAUUGCAGAUGACGAUAAUUGAUCCAAAUGUUUUGUGUCUUUGGGUAAACUUCAGUUAUUUUAUUUUUUAUUGGUUUGUUUCAACUUUAAAUUUGACAUAGCAUUGAAAAGGCAACAAUAUUGCACCUGCUAAGAAUAUCCUUCCUGUUUGCUUUGUUUUUUUCUGGAUGUGGAGCCUGAUUCCUUCUGUUAUCCAAGAUCAUCAGGUUGCACUCAAAUAAUAAUAUAAAAUGACCAAAACAACAAUAAAAGCAUGUUUUUUUUUUGUGGGAAAUGUCUUGUUUAUCUUGCAUAUUUUGGGUAUUGAAAUCA